GGGGGUGAGACAACUAGACAGGAAGACAGAUCCAGAUCGAUGAGACCGAGGCAAAGAACCACAAUCGAACUUCGCGGCAGCAGAGUUUGUUUAGUAGUUUUUUUUCUUCUCACCUUCAAGCCUCAUUACGCGCACUGAUCCUCCUGCUCUCCAAACCAAGAAGAUGCCCAAAUCCUCACCGUGCGUAUUGCCAUGGUCCUUCCUGUGGCUGGCAUCUUUGGCUACUUUGGUGGUGCAGUCGGUGCUCUCUUCCUCCUCCUCUACAUAUCAGAGACCUGCAGCUGGUGGCAAGCGACCGGGCUUCAUGGAGAGGACGCUGGUUCUCCUGGAUGUGAACACCCGCAGUCCGAUCAGAGUCCUCAACGAGAACUUCCUUUCUUUGCAGCUGGACCCCUCGAUCAUCAAAGACGGUUGGCUGGACUUUAUGAGCUCCAAGCGGCUCGUGACCCUGGCGCGCGGCCUGUCGCCAGCCUUUCUGCGUUUUGGCGGAAAGCGGACCGACUUCCUGCAGUUCAACAACCAGAAGAACCUCGCCAAGUUCAGGGGACCAGGACCAGACUAUUAUCUGAAGAACUACGAAGACGAUAUAGUGCGCAGUGACAUUGCAUUGGACAAACAGAAGGGCUGCAAAGUGGCCAACCAUCCUGACAUAAUGCUGGAGCUGCAGAGGGAGAAGGCUGCCACCACACAGCUUGUCCUGUUGAAAGAGCAACUGUCCAAUAUCUACAGCAACAUUACAAUAACAGCCAGGUCUUUAGACAAACUGUACAACUUUGCCGACUGUGCUGGUCUGCACCUGAUCCUGGGGCUCAACGCGCUGCACAGAAACCCAGACAACUCCUGGAACACCUCCUCCACCCUGAGCCUCCUGAAGUACGGUGCUGGCAAGAAGUACAACAUUUCCUGGGAGCUGGGUAACGAGCCUAAUGCCUACCGCAGCAUGGUGGGUCGCGCGGUCAACAGCACCCAGUUAGCUCAGGACUACACCAAGCUGCGGACCCUGCUGCAGUCUGUGCGCUAUUACCACCGAGCUCACCUCUACGGCCCCAAUGCAGGUCGACCCCGAAAGAACGCCAUCCUGCUGCUGGAUGGGUUCAUGAAGAAUGCUGGCUCUGUUGUAGAUGCAGUUACGUGGCAACAUUAUUACAUGGAUGGCAGAGUGAACAAAGCGGAGGACUUCCUAAAAACUCGUCUGUUGGACACACUGACAGAGCAGAUCACUAAAGUCACCAAGGUUGUGAACACACAUACUCCUGGUAAGAAGGUGUGGCUGGGUGGACUGGGGCCGGCGUGGGCAGGAGGCAUCAGUAAUCUCUCUGAUACUUACGCUGCUGGCUUUCUGUGGGUGAACACGCUGGGUAUGGCUGCUAUGCAGGGGAUUGAUGUUGUCUUGCGUCACUCAUUCUUUGACUACGGAUACACACACCUUGUGGACCAGCACUUUAACCCUUUACCUGAUUACUGGUUCUCUCUGGUAUUCAAGCGUCUGGUUGGUCCAAGGGUUUUAGCUGUGCGGGUGGCUGGACUGCAGAGGAAGCCACAACCAGGACGAGUCAUACGAGACAAGCUACGUAUCUACGCACAUUGUACCAGCUACUACAAUCAUAACUAUGUGAGAGGGUCCAUAACAAUCUACAUCAUCAACCUGCAUCGGUCGCGAAAGAAAAUCAAGUUGGCGGGGACGUUACGGAACAAUACUGUCCAUCAGUACCUGCUGCAACCCUACGGCACUGACGGACUCAGAGCCAAACAUGUCCAGCUGAACGGGGAGAAGCUGCUCAUGGUGGACAAUGAGACAUUCCCGGAGUUGAAGCCUAAGACAUUGAGGGCUGGACGGACAAUAGCCAUGCCUCCUAUGACCAUAGGCUUUUAUGUCAUCAAAAACAUUAAUGCAUACGCCUGCAGAAGAUAACAUUGACUCUUCAUCCCUGAGAUAUCGCCGUGAUGCUCAGAAGUCUACCAAGCCCUCAACCCUCGGCUUGACCCAAAGCUUAAAAACAGUGUGGCUCUUCAAUUCUUUUUUUCACCUUUCUGGGAAAACACAGGGAUGUCAGAAUACCACUUUGUUAGGAUUUUUGCUCAAGGACACUUCAGUCCAGUGGACACUUGGCUCGAAUACAGUACAAUCCUCUGGUUUAACAACAGCCUCUUCAACCGUUAAAACCGACCCUUUCCUUGUUCUCUUCUCUGGUCCAACAAAGAAAGACUUGCCCAACACACAUAAAAAGGGCUGCACUGAACACUUUUUCAAUUCCUUUCACCAGCAAUUCCUCAUAUGCUACAAGACUAUGGACCGUGAUUGUUUUGUGCCUCUUUAUGAAGUUUACGUUUUGUAGUUACAAAAAUGCAAUAUCAAAAAAGUCCAUGUUCUUUGACUUGAUUAAGCUAUAUUUUCUUCUCUUGGAUUGUCAAACCAAGGGUUUGCUAUCUGUGCGUCUGCCAAGAGUCUUUUUUUCCAUUCUUUUUUUCUAAUCCUUCACUGACCGACAGACAAAAAAGUAUGAGAGAAAACUCUGAACAGGCAGCGUUUCUGAAGCAUACACUAGUCAACUUCAGUUUGACUUGAUCCUUUCCACAAAGAGAAACUGCCGUGGUGUGUGUAAGGUCAUGCCUGGACUAACCAAGUGCUGUAACUGUGUGUGUUUUAUUGAUAAAGCUACUGAUGUGUCUGUCCAGUCUGUUUGACGUGCCUCUGAAAGUAUACGUUUCUUCCCUUAAUUGCCAUAUCAAGUAGCUUAUAGGGAAAAUCUGGUUCUUCUAAAGGCUGUUUUUGUAUGUUUUGUGUAUCAUUGCUUUUCUGCUGCAGGUUUUAAUCAAUUUAACUGUAGACUACGAUAGCCAGGCUAUGUUGCUGGUGCUGUUUUUCAGCAAUGCAUAGCUAAAGAACAAUGUGAACCCAUCCAUAACAUCUGUCCUUACAUUGCCUGCAAGCUGGGUUUUGCUUUAGAUUCAAAACUAACUUCAAAACUUCAAAGCUUAACAGUUUUUCAGGUGUAUUUGAACCUAUCUCACUAUCUUCAGUGUGAUCUCACGUUUUAUAAUACUCUUAUGCUGCUAGGUUUUUUUUGUACUAAAUAUACAUUAUAUAUUUUACAUAAUUUUGUACAGAAAAUAAGUGAUUUAAGCUUGAUAUGUUUACUUACAUAAAGUACACACCUAAUUUAUAUGAUUAAAUACUUUGCUUCGUUUUUAUAUUAUAAAAGGAACUCUAAAGAAAAAUCUAAAAUAAUUUUAAGAAUGUAUUCAUUGACUAAUGGGGUGAAGGAGUGACUGUGUUAAGAUGAGGCACAGACAAUUUGCAAGAAAAGAAAUUACCUUAAAAUGGGUUAUGGUUCAUAACCCAUGUUUCACAUCUGCAUUUAUUUUAGUUUUAUUUCAUAAUAUUUUAACCAUCUUAUUUAAAGAUGGGCUUGUUAAGAACAAAGAUAACAUUUCUAGACUCAUGGUGGAAGAUAAACAGGAGCAGGUUCAGUGCCUAAACAUAUUAAAUAUAAAGGAUAUUUGUCCUCUGAAUGUGUUUAUAGUUAAUGUAGAGGUGUUCAUAUUUCUUUUGGAGAGCAUUAUUUUAAUAUGUAAAGUGUGCCUAUAUAUUAUUUUUUGUAAAAAAAAGUUUACAUUGAUAAUAAACACCUACAAAUACCUAAGAAGUUGUAUUUGUUCUGUAUAUUCU